UUCUGUCGCCCAGGCCUCGUCUCUAGAUUCUGCUGCACCUCCAAGAACCUUCAUGCCUGCAGCACCUAUUCUCUCUAACCCCUCCACACAGCAUAAUGUAAUUUCUAUGUACCCAUCCCCAUCUCCUCAUGCUGCUCCUCCUGGACCAUGGUUGCAGCCCCAGCAGAUCAGUGCCUUCGCCAGACCACCAUUUUCACCAUUUGCUGCUGUUAUUCCUGGUCCUUAUCCCACACCGACUCGUGGUACGCCACCGGUUUCGGUUGCAUUGCCUGAUAUCCAACCUCCAGGAGUUUCUCCAGCAGUAUCUGCAGUUGGAGCUCCUACAUCUUCCUCUACUGCAGGUGGCCAACCGGCCAUUGGUUUUGGGCUGGCGGAGUUACCUCCUGGAGUUGAAAACAAUAAAUAUGUUGGUAAUGCUGAAACCAAAGAUGAAGCUCCAAUCAAAGAACAACUGGAUGCUUGGACAGCACACCGGACGGAAACUGGGACUGUAUACUACUAUAAUGCAUUGACAGGGGAGUCCACUUAUGAGAAACCUCCUGGUUUUAAAGGAGAGUCAGAUAAAGCAACUGUGCAGCCAACUCCUAUUUCAUGGGAGAAAUUGACUGGAACUGAUUGGACAUUGGUCACCACAAAUGAUGGCAAAAGAUAUUACUACAACACCACAACUCAGUUAAGUAGCUGGCAAAUACCUAGUGAGGUGACAGAGUUGAGAAAGAAGCAGGAUGCUGAUGCUUUGAAAGCACAGUCAGUAUCAGUGACAGCUACUAAUAUAAUAACUGAAAGAGGACCUGAUGCUGUUAAUUUAAGCACACCUGCUGCUAACACAGGAGGUCGUGACGCCACAGCUAUCAGACCCUCAAGUGUCUCGGCGUCAUCCGCUCUGGAUCUUAUAAAAAAGAAGUUGCAGGAUUCUGGAAUGCCGGACUCUAGUUCCCCAGGCCCUUCUUUGUCCAGUGCAGUGGCUUUAGAACUAAAUGGCUCAAAACCUAUGGAGGCUUCCAUCAAGGGUCUCCUGAAUGAAAAUAAUAAAGAGAAGCGCAAGGAUGCGAAUACUGAUGGUGAUAUAUCCAAUUCCUCUUCAGAUUCAGAGGAUGAAGAUGGAGGACCCACCAAGGAGGAAUGCAUCCUCCAGUUUAAGGAGAUGCUGAAGGAACGGGGAGUGGCACCAUUCUCAAAAUGGGAGAAAGAACUUCCUAAAAUAGUGUUUGAUCCACGCUUUAAGGCUAUACCAAACCACAGUGCACGAAGAGCUCUUUUUGAACACUAUGUCCGGACACGUGCUGAAGAGGAGCGGAAGGAAAAGAGAGCUGCUCAGAAGGCUGCUUUGGAGGGUUUCAAGCAGUUACUCGAAGAAGCAAAGGAGGAUAUUGACCACAACACUGAUUAUCAAACAUUUAAGAGGAGAUGGGGAGAAGAUCCACGUUUUCAGGCCUUGGACCGGAAAGAACGAGAGGCAUUGUUAAAUGAGAGGGUUCUUCCUCUGAAAAGGACUGCGCAAGAAAAAGCUCAAGCAGAGCGUGUUGCUGCAAUAUCUAAUUUCAAGUCGAUGCUUCAUGAUAAAGGAGAUAUCACUUCUAGUUCCCGCUGGUCAAAGGUGAAGGAAAGCUUAAAAUGUGAUCCCAGAUACAAGUCUGUCAAGCAUGAGGAUAGGGAGAAGUUAUUCAACGAAUAUGUAGCUGAACUAAAGGCCGCUGAAGAAGAGACAGUGAGAAAGGCAAAGGCAAAACAGGACGAGGAGGAGAAACUGAAGGAAAGAGAAAGAGCUCUACGCAAGAGAAAAGAAAGGGAGGAACAAGAAGUUGAGAGAGUGAGACAGAAAGCUCGCCGGAAGGAGGCUUUAGAAUCAUAUCAAGCUUUAUUGGUAGAAACAAUAAAAGAUCCUCAGGCAUCCUGGACAGAAUCGAAGCCUAAGUUGGAAAAGGAUCCUCAAGGACGUGCAGCAAAUCCUCACUUAGAUAAAUCUGACUUGGAGAAGCUUUUCCGGGAGCAUGUAAAAACUUUGUACGAGAGAUGUGCGGUGGAGUUUAAAGCUCUAUUGACGGAGGUUAUAAGUGCGGAUGCUGCAGCUCAAGAAACACAAGAUGGUAAGACUGCUAUUACAUCUUGGUCAACGGCCAAGCAACUCUUAAAGAAUGAUCCCAGAUAUAACAAAAUGCCGAGGAAGGAGAGAGAGUCAUUGUGGCGGCGUCAUGCUGAGGAGAUCCAGCGGAAGCAGAAGAAAGUGCAUGAUCAAGAAGGAGAGAAGCCUGCAGAAGGAAAAAGUAGAACUUCGGUCGACUCUGGGAAGCAUUUGUCUGGAUCGCGGAGAGCACAUGACAGAAGAUAGCCACUGCUGCUUCAUUCUAGUUGGAGCUUUUUCAGAUGAUCUUUUGAAUUGCACCUCAAAAAUCAAUCUGACCAAAAUUGACAAUCGUGCUACAACACCCGAUUGAAGUGAGAGAGGGAUGAGCAAAACUAGAGUACAAGAAUGUGUUGCCGUAUCAACUGUAGUAUUUGGUAUUAUGAACUUUUGGUAUUUUUGCUGAGAAAGGGCGAUCCUUUUUUCACUAAACUACAUUCAGUUCUAGAUUAAUUUGUUUCAA